GUCUAAAGCCAUUAUUCUUCACAACACACACCUAGCUAUUCUCCUCUUCAACACCACUUCUUUCUUAAGUCACUUCACAUUAUAUACACAGCAAUGGCUUUGUUCUCUUCCUCUUUCAGGGCCAUUGUGACUCUGGCAUUCCUCAUACUCUUCAUGGGAAGCACUUCAGCUCAACUCUCGACUACUUUCUACUCCAAUUCUUGCCCAAACCUUUUCAGCACUGUCCAAUCUGUUGUGAAAUCUGCCAUUGCAAAAGAAGCCCGGAUGGGCGCCUCUCUCCUUCGCUUAUUCUUCCACGACUGCUUCGUUAACGGAUGCGACGGAUCAAUCCUGCUUGAUGAUACAUCUACAUUCACCGGGGAGAAGGGGGCAGCUCCAAAUUUGAAUUCAGUCCGGGGAUUUGAUGUCAUAGACAACAUCAAGUCCGCGGUAGAGAAAGCGUGCCCGAAUGUUGUCUCCUGCGCUGAUAUAUUGGCCAUUACUGCUAGAGACUCUGUUGUCACUCUUGGGGGGCCUAGUUGGAGUGUAACAUUGGGAAGAAGAGAUGCAAGGACAGCUAGCCAGGCUGCUGCAAAUACCAGCAUUCCUCCUCCAACUUCUAACCUUAGUGCCCUUCUCUCCAGAUUCAGUGCUCUUGGACUUUCCGCCAAGGACAUGGUUGCUCUCUCUGGAUCUCACACAAUUGGGCAAGCAAGGUGUACCUCAUUCAGAGCACGCAUAUACAACGAGACCAACAACCUCGACUCCUCAUUGGCCCAAACACGGCGGAGCAACUGCCCCAGCGCCGUCGGCUCGGGCGACAACAACUUGGCCCCGCUCGACCUCCAAACCCCAACAUCUUUCGACAACAACUACUACAAGAACCUCGUUAAUCGGAGGGGACUCCUCCACUCCGAUCAACAGCUCUUCAACGGUGGCUCUACCGACUCGAUGGUCCGCACUCUUAGCGGUAGCCCGAGCACCUUCGCCUCUGAUUUCGUUGCGGGCAUGAUCAAGAUGGGGAAUAUCAGUCCCCUCACUGGAUCCAAUGGGGAGAUUAGGAAGAAUUGCAGGAAGAGAAAUUAAUUAAUUAAGUGAGCGAUUGGGAUAAUUUGGGGAUUUUGAAUAAAUGUACCAUGGUUGAUGUUGGAGAUGUGUGUAAUUGGGAUAGCCCGUUUUGGUCAAGAGAAAAUUAGCAGUUAAGUUCGUUCAGGAGUGUAUUAGAUUUCCAGGUUUUCAUGGAAAAUCUAGAUGAGAUUUCCUGUGAAAAUCCUAAAUAAAAAAACCUUCGUUUUGUGGACUUCAA